UACAACGAGCACCACAAAAUCUACUUCCUGUGCAACUUCCUGUAAAUACAUUGGUUCAAAACAUUAACAGACGUAUCAUCCAGCUCUGAUAAAUUUUCAGACUCUUGUCCCUGAUCACUCAUCAUGAUGCGUUACUGGGGUGAGAUACCCGGACCUGCGGGGGCUCCUCCGAGUCGCAGCUCCUUUGACCUGCUCCAGCGCGAGUUCCGCUCUGUGGAGAUGCAGGACCCUCCCCUGCACCAGCCCUCGGCCCAGCGACCGAGGCCUACCACCAUGUUGGACAUCCCGUCGGAGCCCUGCAGCCUCACCAUCCACACAGUGCAGCUGUGUCAGCACGCCCGCCGUCUUCGUGGUCUACUGGCGACGGCUCAGGCCCAGGGUCAGGGCACAGGGCUGCCUGAAGGGGGGAGCAGGCUGGAGGAGACGGAUGCCAGCCUGCCUCUGCGUCCUCCCACCCCACCGGUCAUGCCAGAUGACCUGCUGCCUGUGGACAGCAAAGCCCCCCGGCAGCCCUUCCAGCUCCGACACAGUGACCCAGAGAGUGACUUUUAUAAGGGUAAAGGUGAGCCCGUCACAGAGCUCAGCUGGCCCUCCUGCAGACAGUUCCUCUAUCAGUCAGUAGCCACUGUCUUGGCCCAUGCUGGAUUCGAGUCAGCCCAGGAGAGCGUGCUGGAGACCCUGACGGACAUGGUCCAUGAGCAUUACCUGCGCGUCACAUGCCUGCUGCGAGUGGCCGUGGACCGGGAGGCUCGGCUGGGAGCGAGCCCCUUCCCAGACGUGGUGGAGCAGGUGUUCCACGAGACGGGCAUAGGCAGCGUGCUGGCCCUGCAGCGCUUCUGGCAAGUCCGAAUCAAAGACUAUCACAGCUACAUGCUGCAGGUGAGUAAGGAUCUGUCCGAGGACUACGAGCGCCUGGUUAACCCAGAGAAAGCUCUGGAAGACGCCAAGCCCCCCAGAAUCAAGGAGGAGCCCAUGAGUGACAUCUCCUUCCCCGUUAGUGAGGAGCCUGAGGCCGACCUGGCCUCUGGGGACCAGGCCCUGCCUAUGGGGGUCCUUGGGGCCCAUGGUGAGAGGCUGGCUGGGGGCCUGGAUGCAGACCAUUCCCCUCACACCUCAGGUGGGGGCGGGGCCAACAACUCCCCACUGUGGCCGCAGGUAAAAAUGGAGCCGCAGGACACCGACGAAGGCCAGAGCGCCGGGCAUCAUCAUCAGCACCACCACCACCACCACCACCACCUGGGUGGAGACGUGUUCGAGGAGGGCGGGCCCAUGUCCACCAUGAGCGAAUCGGGAGGAGCCAUGGCGCCCUCCCCUGCAGGGGCGGCAUCCGAAGGCAGCUACGCUUCCCAUUCGCCAGACUCGUUAAUGGGGACCUCGCCUGUAUUCAACCAAAGACCCAAGAAAAGGUCGAGGAAGAUGUGAGGCUCCGAGGAGUGGACUCCGACGCGCUAGUCUCCCCGACAUUAAAAAACUAGCAAUCCGCCAGGGAAAUCCAGCAGCUGUUCAGUGAAGAGCUGCACAGAUUGCUGUGGUCAAAGAACUGAACUUCAGAGGGGAAAAUGUAUUUUGUAGUUUUGUAUUUGUUUAUAUGAGUGUAGUUAAUCUCACAGUCGUUGCCAUUAAUGGAGUCAUUUGGAUUAUUGUCAAAAGAAUAAAAAAUGAUUGUUCAUCUAAA